AUGGGCCAUGGCCGCCCCGGUCGUGGUCUUGUCCCAGUACGGCUCUCUCUACUACCCAUACCCUACCUCUGUGCCAGUGUGCCGCCUGUGCGGCUGUGCGUGGUGCGUGCUGACCGCCGAGCGAGCAACGCUGGACUUGGACCCGGCCGAUCCCCGGUGGUUCAAUCAGUGAUGGCACUCUAUUACUGCGGCUGCUGUGCCCCAGAGCUGAGCAGCAGUGGAAUACCAAUUAAUUCUCCCAACUCCAAUCUACCCCCUGGUUUUGGUUAUAAAUAUUGGCUAGUACCACCUGCUGCAGGGCCAUCAUCGUCUGCAUCGCUCGCUCUCCUUUCACUGGGAAGAACAUCUAUCAGCUUGCUCAUUGGCCAUCUUCGAUUGUCUUCCAUGGAGAGGCUCCUCGCCGGCCUACUUGGCUUCCUAUUGAUCGCGUCAGUAGGAAGCCAUGCAGCUCGUGCUCCGGAUCAAUACUGGAAGUCUGCUCUUCCCGACACUCCCAUGCCGACCUCCCUCUCCCAACUCCUCAACACCCCAGCCGGAGGCACGACCGUCAACGUCGGCUGGGGCGGUGUCCACGUCGAUGCCGGGCGCGCAGCGGCAAGAAGCCCGGCGGCACCACGGUCGGCGUUGGGGAAAUGGGGAGUCGGCGUUAACGUCAAUCCUGGUUAUGGGAAGCCCGGCGGCACGACGGUUGGCGUCAGGAAGGGCGGAGUUGGUGUUAACGUCAACCCCGGCUACGGGAAUCCCGGUGGCACCACUGUUGGCAUCGGGAAGGGUGGCGUUGGCGUUAACGUCAACCCUGGCAAGCCCGGCGGCAGUGGCACCACGGUCGGCGUUGGCAAGGGCGGCGUUGGCGUCAACGUCAAUCCUGGCUACGGCAAGCCCGGUGGCACCACGGUCGGCGUCGGCAAGGGCGGAGUGGGCGUCAACGUCAAUCCUGGCAAGCCGGGUGGUACCGGCACAACCGUUGGCGUUGGCAAAGGCGGCGUGGGCGUGGGCGUCAAUCCCGGGUACGGCAAGCCGGGCGGCACCACGGUUGGCGUUGGCAAGGGCGGGGUUGGCGUCCACGUGAACCCGCGCAAGAAGCCCGUCAACGUCAACGUCAGCCCUUUCAUUUACAGCUACGCCGCAUCAGAGACGCAGCUGCACGACGACCCCAGCGUGGCGCUCUUCUUCCAGGAGAAGGACCUCCAGCCCGGUAAGAAGGUGACCGUCCAGUUCGCCAACACCGCGACCACCGGCGCCAAGUUCCUCCCGCGAAGCGAGGCCGAGGCCAUCCCGUUCUCCUCCGAGAAGGUCCCCGAGAUCCUCGCCCGCUUCUCGGUGGACCCCGACUCCGUCGAGGCGGCGGAGAUGGCGCAGACGUUGCACGACUGCGAGGCGCCCGCGGCCAAGGGCGAGAAGAAGGUGUGCGCCACGUCGCUGGAGUCCAUGGUGGACUUCGCCACCACCAGCCUCGGGACCAGCCACGUGAGGGCCGUCUCGACCGUCGUGGCCAAGGAGGGCUCGCCGAAGCAGGAGUACACCAUGACCGGCGUGAAGCGCGCGGCCGGCACCGACGACGGCGGCCGCCUCGUGGCCUGCCACGCGGAGCCGUACGCGUACGCCGUGUUCGCGUGCCACCUGACGCAGCAGACGCGGGCGUACACGGUGUCGAUGCUCGGCACGGAUGGCACGGCCGUGGACGCUGUCGCGGUGUGCCACGCCGACACGUCCGGGUGGAACCCCAAGCACGUCGCCUUCCAGGUGCUCAACGUGAAGCCCGGCACGGUGCCGGUCUGCCACUUCCUGCCGCAGGACCACGUCGUCUGGACCCGCAGCGGCUGA